AUGAACUCUACAAUGUUUCAAUAUAGCACGCAAGACAAAUAUGCUGAAGCUUUUGCAAAGAAUUUCACCGUUGUUCUUCUUGGACUCAUGAUUAACUCCAUCAAUGGAGUGUUUGUAUUCAUAUUCUUUAGAAGUGCAAUUUUCUACAAUGAUCCGAGAUAUAUAUUAUAUAUUCAUUUGGUUAUCAAUGAUAUGCUCAUGGUUUUUAUCACUGUAGUUCUUUUUGUGAUGGCUUAUGCAUGGCAAAGGGUACCUGUUCCGUUUUGUAUAACACUGUUAAUAAUAGCCUCAACAACUCAUAAGAACACUCCACUGACUUUAGCUGGUAUGGCUGUUGAGCGUUACAUCGCCAUCUGCAAACCACUGCAUCACUCUCAGAUUUGCACUGUGCACAGGACAUACAUCCUAAUCUCUCUGAUUUGGGGUGUCGGAGUUAUACCUGGAUUGGCCGACUUGGUUCUCAUAUCAGUUGUUCGUCCUUCAUCUAUUUUUACAACAAAUGCUCUCUGUAGUUCAACUAACCUGUAUAACACACAGUAUCAUGAAGAGCAGAGCAAAUUUAUGCAUGGCAUUUAUACAGCUGUUGUGUGGGCAAUUCUUGUAUUCACAUAUUGUAGAGUGCUGGUUACAGCCAGAAAGGCCACCAGUGAUAAAUCUUCAGCUACAAAGACCCAGAACACCAUUCUGUUACAUGGAGUACAGCUAAUGCUCUGUAUGUUGUCCUACAUUACUCCAGUUAUAGACAAGAUUUAUGCCCCAAUUAUACUUGAAUUCCGGUCAAGAAUAACCUUCAUCAAUUAUCUUCUAACAAACUUGCUACCACGACUACUUAGCCCCCUGAUUUAUGGUGUUCGGGAUAAACAUGUUUUGAAAUAUUUGAAAGGACUUUUUUCAUGCAGAUUAAUUGUUGUAAAUUUUGAACCAUCCAAACAAUGA